GCGCCGCGGACGGGCGCCCCGGCAGCCCGCGGGGUGGUCGCUGCUGGGGGGGCAGAGCGGGGCCCCCUGACCCUGCCCCCUCCCCGCCGAGAGGUGCUCGUGCUCCUUUUUUUUUUUUUUUUUUUCCCCCCUCCUUUCUCCAGAACAUUCCCGCUCGCUCCUGAACUUUGGCGGCGGGGGACGUCGCCGGGACGGGGAUCUGCCCCGUGGCCUCCCCGCCCCUGCGCACCUCGUGGAUGCUGGACCUGCCCGCCCUGGUCUCCCCGGGCAUGGCUGACGGCUGGCUGAGCCUCCGGUCGGAAGAAGAGAGAGGGCUGGAAAGCAGCAUGGGGGACUCGAGCAACCUGGACGACAGCCUCACCAGCCUCCAGUGGCUCCAGGAGUUCUCCAUCAUCAAUGCCAACGUGGGCAAGUCGUCCACGUCCCCCAGCGGCGCCGACCCUCACGACUACCACAAGAUCCCCGGCUCUGCGGCGCCGUGCUCGCCGCUGGCCGCCGACCCUGCGUGCAUGGGCAUGCCCCACACCCCCGGCAAGCCCAUCUCCUCCUCGACGUCCCGGACUGCGCACCUCGGCAUGGGCAUGCACGCGCAGCCCAUGGAAGACAUAGACUACAAGACCAAUCCACACGUGAAGCCACCUUACUCAUACGCCACACUCAUCUGCAUGGCGAUGGAAGCCAGCAAGAAGACUAAAAUCACCCUCUCUGCCAUCUACAAAUGGAUUACCGACAACUUCUGCUACUUCCGGCACGCUGACCCCACCUGGCAGAACUCCAUCCGGCACAACCUGUCCUUGAACAAGUGCUUCAUCAAGGUGCCCCGAGAGAAGGACGAGCCAGGGAAGGGCGGCUUCUGGAAGAUUGACCCCCAAUAUGCCGACCGGCUCAUGAAUGGUGCCUUCAAAAAACGGAGGAUGCCCCCGGUGCAGAUCCACCCGGCCUUCACCAAUAGAGCCCAGCAAGAAGGAAGGUCCACCACUAGCCCGGCAGCUUCCUCUUGGCCCAGCAAUAAUGUCCUGAAUGUCAACAUGGAGUCGCAGCAGCUCCUGAAAGAGUUCGAAGAAGUCACUGGCAACCAGAACUGGAAUCCAGCAGAUGGAAAAGCAGGCCACAAACGCAAGCAACCAUUGCCCAAACGGACGGCCAAGUUGGCUCGGCUUUGCAGCUCUCCCUUGCUCACCCAGGAAGAACAAACCGAGCUGGGAUCGCUGAAAGGUGACUUUGACUGGGAAGCCAUCUUUGACACGACCUUGAAUGGUGAUUUCUCCCCUUUUGAGGAUCUGGAGCUCACACCUCCACUCAGCCCGAUAACUCGAGACGUGGACUUGACAGUACACGGCCGACACAUCGACUGUCCACAGGAGUGGUGCCCCGUUGGGCACGACCAGGUCCUGACCGAAUCCAACCAGAACAGCCUGGACUUUGAUGAAACCUUCAUGGCCACUUCUUACCUUCAGCAUCCCUGGGAUGAAGGGAGGAACGAUUACCUCUCAAACUCCGUCAGCGUGGACCAACUGUUUGAACUCAACGACACCUGUUUGCCAGCGGAUGUGAAUGACUGGAGCAGUGUGGGAUCCUUUUUGUAAGAGGCCACUCAUGAUUCAAAGGACCAUAUCAAGCCCAUAUAGACUUUACCUAUUAGCAGGAUGCUCCCCCCGUGCUGCUGGAAAUUACAAGGGACAAGAUUUUCUAGAGACAGAGACAUAUACAGUGACUUUUGUCAGCUUCAUAGUACGAAUAUUCACAGAAACACCAGGGGGGAACAAAACCAAUAACGCAGGAGUCACUUGGUGCAUCUUUAAAGGACACAUCAGAAGUCUCUGGUCAUUGAGUUUCCUCAAGAGAAGAUAUAUAACUACUUAUUUUUUUUACUUUUAAAGAAAGAAAUAUGAAUUAGCAUUUUUUCAUGAAAAUGGACAAGGCAUAUGUUCCUUUUGGGUUAAAGGCGAGCACCUGCUAAACUAGAUCCAAGAAAUGAGAUUCCUGGUGGCUUAGGACUCUGUAGAUGGUGCAAUUUCCUCAGCUCUUCUUCUCUCCAUUUGUCUCUCUCUCUUUCUUUCUGUAUUUUCUGUGCAGGGAAGUUCCUAGGUAUGACACGUGAUAAUUAGCUAGCAGGCAAAUAAAGGUCCCUUCUGGAUUCUCUGAGUUCAGCCUCCCUCCUGAAUUGUGCCUAGAGAAGAAGAAAAGGUCUGUAAAUUCAGAUGUAAAUCAGCAAGUCUGCCUCUUUAGAU